UAAUUAUAAUAAGCGCCUCGCCUCUAGAUCACUAAAGGUGUUUAACUUUGUAGUACAUGCUCUUUUGUGCUACUUGCCCACUAUUUUUAAAGGAAAAGAAGAAGUUAUUUCGUGUUGUGGUAUCACUUGCCUUCAUGUGGUACCUACUAUGGUGGUAAACCUGACUCUUCAUUAUGCUUUUUAGUGCGAAAACGCCCACUUCGUUUAUUUUUUUUACGAUUAUUAAAAUUAAAUAUUUUCUGUUUUAGGACAAAUAUGGGUAAAAGAUCACGUUCCAGAUCGAGAGAAAGACGACCGCAAAAGAGGUCUCGACAUGAUUUAAAACGAGAGAUCGAGCGCCUGAAGGGAAAAUUAGAACGACGCAGUUCGUGUUCCUACUCAGAGUCGGCCAUUUCUAGAAGCCCCUGUAGGGUUUCUUGUACUCCGACAUCGAGACGCUCCAGUUCGAGACCAUCUCAAAGUCCAUUGAGGGCUCAUUCAAAAGACCAUCACCCUGUCGGUAUGGUAAAAAUGUCUAGAAAUCCUUCAAAAGACCAUCACCCUGUUCAUAUGGCAAACACAACUAGAAAUAGAAAUACAAAAGACCAUCACUCUGUUGGUAUGGCAAAAACAUCUAAAAAUGUUAAAAGCAUCCAGGUACAAGCUGAUGUGCAUGCUGCAGCAGAUGACUCUGUUAGUGAGUUCUCAGAACCAGAGAUUUCUAUAGCAGGGAGCCCCUUUAUUGAUUCUGAUAUCGAGAAUGUAAACUCUGCACAAAUCGAUACUCUAGUGGAUGAAGGGAAGCUUGACCAUUCGAUACUGAAAAUUCUAGGAAUGGAAGAAAAGUCUGGGAACCAAUAUGAGCUACACACAGUGAUUAGGAAUUGUUGGUUGAAGACAAUUGAAACAGGCCUACAAAAAGAGGAGAAGACUGAUCUUCUUACUAAGUAUGGAUUACCUUGCAAUCUAUUGGAGCUUGAAGCCCCCGAGUUAAAUCCUGAAAUAAAAGCAGCCUUGACUGACUUUACAAUUAGGAAUGACAUGUUCCUAGAAAAGAGGCAGACCCAACUUGGUAAAGGUUUGUCGAUUUUGGGAUCUGUUCUGAAUAUUUUGAUAAAAAAUGAGCCAGUAGAGGGGGAGACCAGAGAGGAGAUCUUAUCAGCCCUGAGUGGCUCAGCCAAAUUUUUUUGUGAUUUAUACUACCGAAUGUCCUUGUCCCGUAGAUCACAAAUAAUGCCAGCAUUAAACAACAAAGGUAUUAAAGAAGUUGUCUAAAAAACGCCUAUAGGACGUUCCUUAUUUGGCCCUAAUGUAGGGGAAAAAAUUAAAAUGGCACGAGUUUUAGAAAGAUCUGGGAAUGUUUUUCGGCAGAAUCCCAUUCAAAAAACUAAAACGAAUUUAAACUUCAGGGCCCCAGUGAGGUAUCAGAGGGCACCUCAACGGAAAGGGGCAUACCCUCAAAGGCAAUACAACCAUUACAACCAGAACAAGAAAAGAGAAAGGACCAAAAAAUAGAACAGACGAGAACAUCCUCUACAUUCCUCACUUUCCCUGGUAGCCGCAAAAUUAUCUUGGACUCACUGAGAAAACAAGGUUUCCCAGAAGAUACCAUAGAUACGACUCUGCAGUCAUUAUCAAAAUCUACGAUUAACCAGUACAACUCUUCCUUCAGAGCUUGGUGGACAUACUGCCAAAAAUGGGAUCAUGACUUAUUUAAUGCAAGCG